AUGGCUACUGUCGCUGGUCUUCCUGAGUGGAACGGUUCAAUCCCCACCAACGUUUCAGUAACUUCCCGGCUACCAGCGGCGGAUUCGGUAGACGAGCUGGUGGUGACCUGCUCCAUUGGAAUCAUCCUGUCCCUAAUGUUUCUCGUCGGGGUGACGGGGAACAUCUACACGCUGGCGGUGAUGUGUCACACCAUGAGGACGGCCGCCUCCAUGUACAUCUAUAUCAUCAACCUGGCGCUCGCCGAUCUCCUCUACCUCUCCACCAUCCCUUUCAUCGUCUGCACUUACUUCUUGAAAGGCUGGUACUUCGGCGACAUCGGCUGUCGGGUCCUCUUCAGUGUUGACUUCCUCACCAUGCACGCCAGCAUCUUCACCUUGACCGUGAUGAGCACUGAGCGCUACCUGGCCGUGGUCAAACCCCUGGACACGGUCAAGAGGUCCAAAAGUUACAGGAAAGCCAUUGCCCUGGUGAUCUGGUUCGCCUCCUUGCUUCUGGCACUGCCCAUGAUCAUUGCCAUCAGGUUGACCCAAACCCGGGACAAAUAUAUAUGCAUCCCCAGCUGGAGCGCACACGUCUUCGGGAUCUACCUAUGCCUUUUGUUCAUCACCAGUAUCCUAGCCCCUGGGUUAAUCAUUGGCUAUCUCUACAUACGGUUAGCGAGGACAUACUGGGUCUCCCAGGUGACCACUUUCAACGAUAAACAAACCAGGCGCACGCCCAACCAGAAGGUCCUCUACAUGAUCUUUGCCAUCGUCGUGGCCUUCUGGGCUUGUUUCCUACCUUUCUGGGUCUGGCAAAUUAUCCAGCACUACCAGUCCCCUCGCUCAUUGACCCAGGAGGCAAGGAGCCACAUCAACUACCUGAUGACCUGCCUAACUUACAGCAACAGCUGCAUCAACCCGUUCCUCUACACGCUGCUGACCAAGAAUUACAAGGAGUACUUGGGCAACCAGCACAGAGGCAGCGGCUCCUUCCACGGGAGAAGCCACCGCUUCCAGCGCUCCUGCCGUCGCUCCCUGUCCACCAGUAGCCAACAGUACACCGAGUCCAUGACCCUCAGCCAGAUCACGGGGUCAAACAGCAAGUGCAUCGAGACCAGGACGUAA